AUGGACAUAGUAUUUAGCAUCAAUGGGAAAAUAUACCAUAUUGAUCCAAAGCUCAUCCCCAUCGAAACGUCUUUGAAUACUUUCAUUCGUGACCACGCUCAGUUGAAGGGAACUAAAUUCAUGUGCCUAGAAGGAGGAUGUGGAUCAUGUAUCGUGAAUAUAACCAGAAAACAUCCAGCAACCGAGAAAAUAACCACAAAUGCUGUUAAUUCGUGUCUGUUUCCCGUUUACUCUUGCCAUGGAUGUGAUGUACUCACGGUGGAAGGAAUUGGAAGCAAGAAAAAUGGUUAUCAUCCCAUUCAGAAGCGCCUUGCCCAUUUCAAUGGCUCGCAGUGUGGAUUUUGUUCCAGUGGAAUGGUUAUGAGUAUGUUCAGCUUGCUGGAAUCGAGCGAAGGAUCGGUUAGUAUGCAGGAAGUGGAGAAUGCUCUCGACGGAAAUAUCUGUCGUUGUACCGGUUAUCGACCGAUAUUGGAUGCGUUCAAAAGCUUUGCCGUGGAUACGAAUGAGGGUAUUAGAAAACUAUGCCAGGACAUUGAAGAUUUUGGAACAGGGUAUAGCUGCUCGCGAAAAGCUUCUAUCACGUGUAGUAAACUAGUAGGAAAUGUACGGAAUAUGCAGCGAAUUAUUGAUGGACAAGGAAAAGAAUGGUACAAACCGUACAACAUUUCAGAAAUUCUUGAGAUAUUUCGUACGAUAGGAAAUAAGCCGUACAUGCUAGUAGCGGGGAACACUGCUCAUGGAGUCUACAGACGAAAGGAUGAUUUGGAAGUUUUUAUCGACGUUAAUGACGUCGCUGAGCUACAUCAUAGUGAGAUUGCAGAGAAUAUUAUUAUUGGUGCAAGUAAUACUUUGAAUCAAUUUAUAUUGAUCAUGCAACAAGCAGUUCAGAAAAGCAAUAAUUUCCAAUACUUACGGGUAGUGAUCGAACAUGUACAAAAGAUUGCGAACCGCCCCGUGAGAAACAUGGGAUCGAUAGCUGGAAACCUAAUGAUAAAGCAUGACCAUUGGGAGUUUCCUUCGGAUAUGUUUCUCCUCCUCGAAGCAGUGGAAGCUUCUUUGGUAAUAUUAACUGACACUUCUUCAAAAGUUUUGACACUCAGUCAAUUUCUACACCUGGAUAUGAAGAAAAAACUAUUGGCUAGCAUAAUCAUUCCACAGCAUGACCCAGUGAGAAAUAUCUUCAGAUCAUUCAAAAUAAUGCCUGUUUCGCAAAACGCCAGAGCAUAUGUCAAUGCGGCACUUUUGUUUAAGAUACAAGAGUCUAAUUUUAUCCCAAAGUCUGUAACUAUUUGCUUUGGAGGUAUAAAUCCGUCAUUUAUUCAUGCUACACAAACGGAAGCUUAUCUUGUUGGAAAACCUUUGUUCCAAAAUGAAACCAUUCGAAAAGCAAUGAAAAUACUUUCCGCGGAGAUCGAACCAGACUUUGUUUCCCCGGAUGCUUCACCCGAAUAUCGAAGAAACCUAGCUCUGUCGCUAUUCUAUAAAUGUGUUCUAGAUAUGGCUAUCGAACAGCAGGUUAAACUCGACCCGAAAGUCAGAAGCGGCGCAACAAUCUUAAAGCGGUCUCUAUCAUCGGGAAAGCAAAGCUACGAUACCUAUCCAAGCAAAUGGCCCCUCACCCAAAAUGUUCCCAAGUUGGAAGGAAUGGUACAGUGCGCUGGUGAAGCGGAAUAUAUCAACGACAUAUCACAAAUGCCGAACGAAUUAUUCGCUGCGUUUGUACUAGCCACUGAAAUUAAUAGCCGCAUUCUACAAAUAGAUGCUUCGAAAGCUUUGGAACUAGAAGGAGUUGCAGGUUUCUUUUCCGUAAAGGAUAUCCCAGGAAUCAAUAAUUUCAUGACUCUAGAAAUAGGAGCUCCACGAGUUGAAGAAGUUUUCUGUAGUGGAGAGGUGCUAUAUCACAGUCAACCCAUUGGCAUUAUAGUAGCUGAAACAUUCGAGUUAGCUACACGAGCGGCUUCUCUUGUUAAGACAACUUAUGAGAAGCUGCCACCAAAGCCUAUUUAUCCAACAGUAAGAGAUGUUUUAAAUGCUCAGGCAUAUGACCGAAUAUCGAAUGAAGGAUAUGAUCGACACGGAGCACAGUUCAAUAAGGCUACCGAGGGACCCAUUAAAAUCCAAGGACGUCUGAAUCUACAAGGACAAUAUCACUAUACUCUUGAAACACAGACAUGUUUCUGUGUUCCCAUUGAAGACGGUAUGGACGUGUACUCGUCAACGCAGUAUCCAGAUUUAGUGCUAUGCGCCUUAUCUCAAGUACUUAAUGUUCAGCAGAACAGCAUAAACUUGACCGUGCGCCGAUUGGGCGGAGCUUACGGUGCAAAGUCCACGCGACCUGCUCAUAUUGCGUGUGCCUGUGCCGUAGCUGCUAAACUCACACAGCGUCCUGUUCGAAUGGUUCUUUCAAUUGAAACAAGUAUGUCUGCCAUUGGAAAGCGUAUUGGAUGUCUUAGUGAGUACGAAGUUGAUGUGGACGAUACGGGGAUUAUCAAUAGAUUGCAUAACACAUUUACUCAUGACGGAGGCUCGACUAUCAACGAAAACUUAGCGUACUUGACAAGUGACAUGUUCAAAAAUUGCUAUCGUACGGAUAAAUGGAACCUAGUGGGGAAUGUUGCACGAACGGAUGUCCCUUCCAAUACAUGGUGUCGAUGUCCAGGUACUUCGGAAGGAAUAGCCAUGAUAGAAAACAUCAUGGAACACAUUGCUCACGUAGUUGGGAAGGAUCCCUUGGAGGUACGCAUGCUAAACAUGCCGAAUGGAAACUUGAUGCGUCAACUAUUACAGAAGUUUCGAAAAGAAGUAAAGUUUGAUUCUCGAAAGAGGGCAAUUGAUAAGUUCAAUAAUAUGAAUCGAUGGCGAAAAAGAGGAAUCGCCAUUAUUCCAAUGGAAUAUCCUAUGGAAUAUUCGGGAGCUUUGAAUACUCUGGUUUCGAUCUACCAUAUGGACGGAUCUGUGGCAAUUACGCACGGUGCUGUUGAAAUGGGCCAGGGAGUCAAUACGAAGGUGGCUCAAGUUGUUGCUGCCGUUUUUGGAAUUCCGCUGAGUAAAAUAUCAGUUAAACCAACAACUACUCUAACCUCUCCAAAUAAUAAUCCAUCUGUCCAUAGCAGAGCGAGUGAAACAGCUGCAUUCGCAGUGAAACGGUGCUGCGAGAUUCUUCUGGGACGACUUCAGCCAAUUUGGACAGCCAACCGUUCGGCAUCUUGGGAGGAAAUCAUUAACAGAGCAUUCAUGGCGAACGUCGACCUUACUGCCGAGUAUCACUAUCAAUCGACGGAUCUUCAAGGAUAUAUUAUCUGGGGAUGCACUUGCGCCGAAGUGGAAGUUGACGUACUUACCGGAAAUGUGCAAAUUUCAAGAGUUGACCUACUUGAAGAUGUCGGGGAAAGUAUGAGCCCGGGAAUCGAUAUUGGACAGCUGGAGGGAUCUUUCAUUAUGGGACUAGGUUAUUAUCUAACGGAAGCCCUAGUCUAUGACCACUCCAAUGGUUCGCUAGUGAAUAACCGCACUUGGAAUUACAAGGUUCCAGGCGUGAAGGACAUUCCCAUGGAUUUUCGGGUGAAGUUUUUGAAAAGUAGUUCCAAUCCACAUGGAGUUUUGCAUUCUAAGGCUGUAGGAGAACCGUCAUUUAGCAUGACUCCUGUAUUGACUUAUGCAUUGAGAUAUGCGUUACGAUCGGCGCGACGAGAUGCAGAAUUGCCAGACGAAUGGAUUCCAAUUGGUUCAGGUACCACGCCGGAAAAGAUUUUUUCAAUGGCCUACAAAUCAUUCGAUCAGUAUAAACUGUACUGAAGAAAUUAUGGGUAAGAAGAUUUAAUCAUUUCGUGAUCUCAAAACUGAUAGCAAUG